GCGAACCUGGAGUUGAGGUCGAAGACGCACUUCACUCCCCUUCACCAUGCCGCCAUGCGCGGACACACAGAAACAGUCAGGGUCUUAGCAGAGCACGGGGCUGAUCUCUUCGCGCGGACGGCUGAGGGGUUCACUCCGAUGGACUGGGCAGAGAGGAACGGGCACAUUGACACCAUGCUCCUACUC